UGAUUACAACGCAUUAGAGCUUUAGAUUGACGCUUGAUAAUCGGCGAGAUCGAGAUUACAAUUGAAUAACGCGUAAGAAACAAAUAUCGUUUCGGCUCUUUCAAAAAUUCACGUCCAUCUCACGCUCGGAUCAAAAUUUCAAGUUAAUUCUCUAAUCACAAUUAAUAAUUCACACAACUUCAAUCGAAAUUCAAUCGACGUUGUAAAGUACGUUGAGAUAUCGCCACUAAUUAAUUUACUUUGCUGAACAGUAGGGAAGAGUGCAGUCCGCGACUGCGAUAUGAAUGCUGAUAUUCCGUCAGCGAAUACGUCGAAAAGCAAAAAAGUGGAGAAUAAACCUAAGGUGCAUCGUAAUCCGGAUGACUCUCAAAAGAUUCGUAACGUGCCCGAUCAAGCACAACUCGACAACUUAAAUCAAUCUCCCGAACAAGAGCCAAAAUCGCGCAUCAACUCAACGCAACCGGCCAACGUGUCGUCUUCGUCUACGAAAAAUAUUUAUUCUGCAACAAAUAAGCACCAGCCACAUAAAUUGGUGGACAGCAAGCAAUUGUCGAAACCGUUCAAUCAAUUUGACAAGAAGACAUUCCUUCUCGAUACUUACGCCCGUAUCGUCGCUACCAAUAACAGACGUUGCCCUAAACGACUGCGUGAUCUUGCUAAGCCAAAGAUUCAAGUUUGCAACGAUCGAAAUGAAGAUUCUACAAAUUUUGAUUUAAAGUGGCACACGGGUAAAGCCAGCACAGCAAAAGCGAAACGCGGCUCAGGAAAUUCGAAGAUGAAAUAGUUUCAUUGACAUCUUGGUUAAUAGUUCAAACAAUUCUCACGUACGAUUUAACCAAAUUUUCAUUUGGAUUCUGUGUGGAAGUAUACAGGGUAUUAAAAAUGGAACAACAGAAAAAUCACCUCCAAAUUACCCAGAGAAUUUACCCAGAG